AUGCUUCGCGGUCAAAUGUUGUCAUGCACUGGAUGGAAGAUUGCUACUUGGAUCCCCCAAGUGAAAGAUCAAAUGAAUCUGUUUGCCACCCAAGUUUCAAGAGAAAUACCAUCAUUGCCAGCUUCUCAUUUGCACAAGCAUGCCGCAGACAUUGCCGAGUUUAAGUACAACAGCAUUGAUUUGGUGCAAGGGUGGUUGAUAGAAAGUGAAGAGCUGGACAAGAAAACAAAUUGGACUAUUAGAGAGCUGAUGGAUUGUCGAGAUGAUUUAAAACAGCUGGCAUCUCACAUGGUACUGGCACUCACAGAAAGAAGCAAAAGCAGAAUACCAGAUCUACUCUAUAUCUUGCAGAAGUGCGUCGAUUUUGGCAUCCUGUCCUCUGGUCUCUGUGGCAAAAAGAUGUCGAUCCCUGUCAAGAGAUCUUUGUUGAUGCAAGUUGGCCAAGGUGAGUUUCGACGAUGCAUCGCAUUUGUCUCCAAGCUUCCUCAUGUUGCAGAAAUAAUAGAGAAAGAAAAUCUGGAGCUUGACUAGUCUUUAGUAGAUGUUAUCUUUUGGAAACUGAAGGCAUUCCUCAUCGAGGUUAUUUGGGGGAAAGAGUUGGAACACUUUUUCUCUAAGUGCUUCAAAAAGGUAUGUGGUGCGAAACUGGUCUCAACGCCUAUUCCAGGAGGUCAAUUUGUAACCAAGUUUGCUGUCGAGAAGGAUGGAUUUGAUCUUCUUGAUAAAUUUCGAGUCACUUUAUCCGGUGGAUCAUCUAGUUAUGUGUUGCAAGAAGAUCAACUCAUCCAGAUGCUGUACACCAACCCCACUUUCUAUGAAGCAGUCGGUAGAGAAUUUUGCAUAAUUUAUGACAUAUUUUAUGUGAAAGCUGGUACAGAAACGAUCGCAGAAUCUUUCUACCAAGUGAUGAAUGCUCAAGAAAAAGAUGGUGGGCAGAGCCAAGAAGUCUUAACAAUGCGUACCAAAUUGGAUUGGUGUUUGCCUUCAAUUAUUCAGUGUGAGAAAGCCCUAUCAGGAAUGGCAAAACUCUACAUCGAAGGGGAUAAGUCUUUAGGUCUCAAAAAACACUUCAUUCCCAUCUACAAGGAUGCAAGAAUCGACUCCCUUUUCUAG